AUGAGCGAAAGUGAGAGCGAAAAAUAAGAUGGUUAAAAAGAUUUUUACAAAGAAGCUGUGAAAUUAUAUUAUUAUAAUUGUAUCUUGUACAAUCAUGUAAGGAAUAUAAUAAAUGGAGUUGGAAAAAGUUAUGACAGAGAGAAAUGAUCUAAAAACUAAAGUCCUUAAAUAUGAAUUACUAGGAGGAGAAUUAGCUUAAUUGGAUGAUGAAGAAAUUAUGAAUUAAUUGGAAGAUAGAAAGAAGAAGAGUAGAAGGAGUGCUGCAGAUAUUGAUCGACAAUUUUUUUGUACCUUUAAUAAUUGCAAAAAAGCCUAUGGCACCGAAGCCUCACUUAUAUAACAUUAAAGAUUAAAACACGGCCAAAAUAGUGGCAUGGAUGCAUAUUUUAGAAUUUGA